AGUUUGUUCGAUGUUAAUCCAAUUACAGUGAAGUAGAUUAGUAGAUAGACUGCAAAUGUAGAAAGCAACGACAUGCAAGGCAAACACCAAUUUAAUAUAUUGAUAAUAUUGUUAUACUGACCAAAUCAUUAACAGCUUUAGAGCGCAUCUACUUGACGAUAAUAUGGUCACGGAUAUAGUUUAAUUAUCAGGAACUGUGACCUGCUCAGUCUCUGCACACAUCCUCUCUGAAACGAGCUCUGACUUGUGACAAAAUGCCUGGUGUUGCCAAUCCAAAUCAUUGGAGUCUCUCUGAGUUACUGGGACAGAGGAGCAUUCUUGGAGUUGUAGUUCUGAUUACAUGGUUAGUUCUGUUCCAUCUUCUUGUGAAUGUGUGGCUGCUGUGCAUCUUCACCAGUCUAUUGGUAGUGCUGGCUGGAUGGCUGGGCUCUCAUGUCGCUUUGGAUGCCAACAGCCUCCUUCAUUUGGAGCACUUCCUGCCCCUGGGUGAGUCCCCUCAAGUUCACACUGCCUCAGAGAGUGACCAAAGACUGGACUGGGAGAUUCAAAGUGCUGUUGACAAGGCUGUGCGGGACUUUGUGUCAUCCUGGUACUGCAGUUCUGUUACUAAAGGAGGGGAUGCAUUUGAACAGGAGGUGAGGGACACUAUGCUGGAGGCAGCUGCUGAACUGAAGAGGAGAGCGAGACAGGUGGACCGGAGAGCUCUGGCCCUGAGGAUUCUUGAGCUUUGCGGACGCCAUCUGCAGAGCUUCAGCCAAGCCAGGGAACUUCAACGAACACUGCAAGAAGAGUCUGACCAAUCGCUUUCAAAUUCACAAAAACUAUGGAGGUUGUACAGUAGAGCCGAUUUGCCUCACCCUGCCCUGACUGGACCAGCUAACCAGCUCUGCUACUCCAGAGCGCUGGUAGAUUUCCUCAUGCACGUCCUUAUUCCAAAAUCUCACUUGGAAACACGAACAGGCUGCUACAUGGUGGGAGAGCUCUUAACAUGCAAUGUUCUUUUGCCCCUUGUGGCAAGAAUAUCCAGUCCAGAUUGGUUAAACCAGACCAUCGUAGAUGUGUUCACUCAGUCCACUGACAAAGAAGAAACAAGCUCACAGCAAACACCUCCAGCAGACCUGGACGAUUCCCAACGAAGCUUCUGGGAUCAUGACUCUCCGGUUUCUUUCGACUGUCCUGAAACCUCCAGCAUGCAGACAGCUUGGUCUGUAUCCACAGCCCCCCUCCUUGAUUCCUCUGAAACAAGUUUCCAGAGUCAGUGGUCCUCUGAUGAAAAUGUACAUAGGAGAAGAAGUUCUGGCUUACUUUUUCCAGAAAGAAUGGUCCAAAAUACAGCUGAACUUCUUAGAUCUCCAUACCGCACUAGCCGCCUCUAUAGACACACAGACUGUGACCUGGAAUCACCCUGUUCGGAUGAGAGGAAGAUAUCUAGUGACUCUUUGAAACGAACAGACUCCGAUGCUGAGGACUUCUGUGACUGCAUCUCUCCUUCAGACUUUUGUGGGCUGGUUUGUCUGGAGGAAGACACAUUGGGUAUUUUGGGGAAGUGUUUCAGGCAAAACAUUGUUUCAGAGCCUCCUUUAUCACUGGAGAGUAUAGUGGAAGAUUCUCUGGUCCGACCACUGACUAACCCAUCAAACUCCAUCCCAAGAAGCCUUGGCCUGGACUCAUUCGUUUUUGAAAACUUGGCGAAUUUAGAGGGACAGGUAUCUAUUCAGAACUUGCAAAUCGUUGGGACCAUCACAGCCAAAGAGCAAAGAAGCAACAGCACUCAUCCUUAUACUCUUUACACUGUAAAGUUCGAAACUGCUUCAGAUUCAAAUAGCUCUGAUCAGCCUGUCACAUAUCAUAUGGUGAACCGGCGCUACACUGAGUUCCUCAAUCUGCAGGGCCGUUUGGAGGAAAGGCCAGAUCUCAAGAAAGUGAUCAAAAAUGUCAAAGGUCCAAAGAAACUUUUCCCAGACCUUCCCUUCAGCAACCUGGACACAGAAAAAGUGGAAGCCAGGAGAAGCCAACUGGAAUCAUUCCUUAGGAAACUGUGCACCAUCCCAGAGGCAACUAACAGUGAGGAGGUGCGUGAAUUCCUUGCCCUCAACACUGAUGCCACAGCAGCUUUCCAGAAGAAGCCGUCGAGUUCACGCAUAGACAAGAUGGUUGAGAACAUAGUGGACACCCUGAAGACGGCAUUUCCACGCCCAGAGCCUCAGAGCCCCACGGAGGAAAGAGACCCACAAAGAAAGCCUCGUCUGAGAUUCUCCAGUAAAAUAGCUCCUACUCUUAACGUCCCAAGCCUGCAGCCUAAAGUGACAUACUCGUUCAGUGAACGCUGCUCAGUUCUUCGAGGUUUCUCGCUGUCAGAUCUGGAGGGGUUUGUUGAGGAACAGGAAAAGCUGGUGGAUGGUGGUGUCAGGAGUCAUUUUGCUGGAGGAAGACACAUGAGAGAGCAGAGACCUGUAGAAAAGAGAGGAAGAGGAGCAGACACUGCCCUGGCAGAUAUUGCUCUGAAUAUCUUGUGUUUGCUGAUGAAGGACCAGUGGAGCUGGCUGUGUACAGAAAACAUCCAGAAAACCAUUAGACUGCUCUUUGGCACUUUUAUUGAAAGGUGGCUUGAUGUAGGCAUAGCCCACCUGAGCAGUGCCCCAUGCUGGGUGAUCUACCUGCGCGUUCUCCAGGAUGCAGUGUGGCCCGGAGGUGAGCUGCCUGCGGUGCCACGACCAGAGAGAAGCCCAGAGCAGAGAGAGAAGACCAGACUUCAGUGCCUGCACUGCCUUAUGCAGCUGUUCCCAGAGUUAAUUACAGACAUGCUUGGCUCAGGGAAAUUCAGGCUAGUGUGGGAGCAUUUGCUGGAAUCUCUACAGGACCCCACUAUCAACAGGCACUUGGUGUACUGUGUUUUUGACCUGCUGCUGGAGUUCCUUGUUCCAGAAUUUUCUGAGGAGUCGUUCCAGAGGUAUUUACUUCAGAAUCUCCCUGGAGAUGUAGAGAGAACACCUUCAUCCUCAUAAGGACGCAGUUUCUUUUCUUCCAUAUUUCUGAAUGCUGAUGACAAUUGGAUGUGUUUAUUAGAUUUGCUUAUCAGAUUGGCAGGCUUUGUGGACAGCUGCUUUUGUCUUACAAUGUUCAUCUGACUCCCUAACCCGCAGUACAUUUCAGAUGGGUUUGGCAUAGUGGUUUGGCAAGAUGUUUGCCCCAUUCUGAACUUAAACCUACUUAUGUUGGCGCUUGAAUAUCGCAUGUCAUUUUAAUUUGUUUAUUCAAACUAAAUCUAAAGCCACCUUCAUUUCACAUCAUAGUCCUGGCAGGCCACUCAGAUGGACACUUGAAUGUAAUUGAAAUGUUCAUACCUUUUAUAAUACCGUCUGAACCUUUUCCUAACCAAUGCGUACUCAUAUUGCAUCUUUGACCAUAAUCGUUUUAUUUAUAUUAUAGCAUAUACACAUCAGCACACAUUUUCAAACAUUUCCUGUCUGAGAAACAGACAAUUCAAAUGAGCAUUUGUCAAAUAUAAGAUCUUUCAUUGAUGGGAAUUGACCUGUUUUUAAAUUGUUUAAUUUGUAGUUGCUGCUCUGUGCGGUUUGUAGACAAAACAUGAAGAGGGUCAGUCAAAAUCCCUUCUUGGCAAAAUUGUUGUUUGGAUAUGAAUGUCCUCCCUGUGACUCUUUGAAAUGAAGGAACAGCGGAUGUACAGUGUUGGAAUGUCUAAAGGUAUUAAAGGAUAUAAAAUACAAUAAUAUUUUGGUCCUUGUCCUACUAUUGGUUGUCCUUGUUACAGUGUAUAUAAACGUUUUAGUACGGAGUAAUAUAAAUUAACAUGUACUUACUGGUACUAUAGGGGUAGGAUCAGGUUUGGGUCAGGAUUAGUUGCAUGUAAUUAUGCACAAUUUAUAAUUACCAUAGAAAUUACAUGUAACAUGUAACAAGGACACCGUAAAUAAAGUGUUACUAAUAGUUUAUACCUAUACAAUGCCAUUGAAAAGUUUGAGGUCGGUAAUCAGCGAGGAUGAAAUGACAUAGACAUUUACAAUGUUACAAAAGAUGUUCUUAUCAUAUUAACUAAAAAACAAAUAAAAAAAUAGCAUCUCUGUUUCCAUAAAAACAGCGUAGCCAUUUUUACCAUUGAUAGAAUUGUUUUUUGAGCAACAAAUCAGCUUAUUUGAAUGAUUCCUAAAGGAUCAUGUGACAAUUCUGCUUUGCCAUCAUUGACAUUAAUUAUAUAAAUAGAAAACUAUUAUUUUUAAAUUGUAAUAAUAUUUCACAGUUUGACUCUUUUUUUUUUUUUACUGUUUUUGAUCAAACACAUUCAGCCUCAUUGAGAAUAAGAGACCACUUUCAAAAACAUAGCAAAAUAUACCUACCCCAAACUACUGAAUUUGUAUAGUGUGUAUGUUUUUAGUUUUGUUUAUUGUUCCAUUAAAAGUAACAAAGAUUAUUAAGAAUAUCUAUAUAGAUCUUAGUCAGGUAAUGUAUUUAUCACUCUGAUGUAGUCUUUGUAAACAGUUUUGAUUCUUGCUGGGCUCUGUUCACUGUCAAAUUACAGUAGGUUAGUCAAUUGGGGACCACAAGUUAGACUAAUAAGUAAGACGAGGUCCAGGGUUAGACUUAGUCAGGCUGCUGUAAGAGGGACUUUCAUUCCUAAAAUUGCAAGACUUCUAUUUCCACGUCAUCUGGCCUUGCAAAUCUGGAUCCAGAGUCGGACCUUUUUUAAACGUCUGUAACCAAGGCUAAGCUUAAAGGCAUAGUUCACU